GCGAGCGGGCAGCGCGUGCAGAGAGCUGGAAUCCCGGCUGGUGGACAAGUAGCUGCCGAGAUGUUUAGCAGACACAUCCCAAUUUUGACAACAGACAUGAUCCCUCCAGCCAGGUGAAUAGCAAACACUGCAGUCACUACAGAGCUCCUACGUUGCACAGCUUGCUGGAGGAUAUAGACUGCAAACUCGCAAACAGUGUUUUUUUUUUAAAUUUAUAAACUCCUCCCAGUUGAAAGGCUGCAGAUCACAUCCGAGAUGUCGAGGAAAAAGACACUUAAGAGCAAAGGUACCUCGUCUCCCACCGCCACCUUACCAGCAGGACGAAGCAAAGAACAGAAGAAGUCGGCGAAAACCAACUCCGGGGCCCAGGGUCCGAUUAACGGGGUGGCCAUUCCAAACAGACCAUCCCUGAGUAACAGCAGCGAGUUUUAUGACAUUGCAUUUAAGGUCAUGUUAGUUGGAGACUCUGGCGUAGGGAAGACCUGUUUGCUGGUGCGCUUUAAGGAUGGAGCGUUCUUAGCAGGGAGCUUUAUUUCUACAGUGGGAAUUGAUUUCAGGAACAAAGUGUUAAACGUAGAUGGAGUGAAGGUUAAGCUACAGAUCUGGGACACUGCCGGCCAGGAGAGAUUUCGCAGCGUAACUCAUGCCUAUUACCGAGACGCCCAUGCUCUGUUGCUGCUCUAUGAUGUCACAAACAAAACAUCAUUUGACAACAUUCAGGCUUGGCUAUCAGAGAUCCAUGAAUACGCAACGCAAAACGUGGUCAUCAUGUUACUGGGAAACAAGGCUGAUGCAACUCAGGAGAGAGCAGUAAAGAAAGAGGCGGGAGAAAAGUUAGCCAAGGAAUACGGUGUGCCCUUUAUGGAAACAAGUGCCAAAACAGGCCUAAAUGUUGAGCUGGCAUUUAUGGCCAUUGCAAAGGAACUGAAACAUAGGUCAAUGAAAUCACCAAAUGACCCCAAGUUCAAGCUCCACGACUACGUGAAUGCCGAGAUGAAAGGCACAGGCUGUUGCAGCUCGUAACUUCCUCGGCCAUGCCGCUGACAUACUGGUACAAGACUGACCCGCGUUCAACGGCCAGGACACUUCUCCUUGUGGCUCUACCAUCCUUUGUAAAGUCCUUGCAUGUCUGUACUUGUUGUCUGUACAUUUGACAAGUGUUUAAUCCAAGGAGAAGACCUUGAAUUCACGCAGAGGGUGUGUGGAAUAAAGACGCUAUAACUUAAAUGACAGUAAAUCAGGAUCGAAAUCAUUAUCCUUGAUUGUUUACCUAAUCAAAAUCUGCUUUUGCUGAAUAACGGUUUGUAUCACUAGAAAAACAACAAUGUGUAGGACAGUAAAUAUACAUCGAUGUCCGUGAAAGUAUGCUGUGUAUAUUUUUUAAAUCCUUUUAAUUUAACUUCAUUGGGGAACAGUGGAGAGUCCACAUGUCUGAAAUUAAAUCAAGAUGCUGGUUGCAAGGAAUAACUUGGAAAAUGAAUUCAACAAGUUGCUGAAAUGCCGAAAACCUUUUUUAAGAACUAUGAAGUUGGACUCAAUGAUAAUUUUAUUAAUAUUUGCAAGAACCGUACAAAAUGUUUUUGAAGUAAGCACACUAGAGUGGAUAGAAAUGCCGAUGAAUAUGAUUGAAAAUCAUCAUCGCUAUGUGCUGUGUCGUAUGACAUCAUCGCUAUGUGCUGUGUCGUAUGACAUCAUCAUUAUGUGCUGUGUCGUAUGACAUCAUUAUGUGUCAUGUCUUAUGACGUGGGCAAUCAUGGUCUUUCCAUGACAAUGAUUGAUCUUGGCAAAUUUUUCUACAGAAGUGGUUUGCCAUUGCCUUCUUCUGGGCAGUGUCUUUACGAGACGGGUGACCCCAGCCAUUAUUAAUACUCUGUCUGACGUCAGUGGUCGCAUAGCCAGGACUUGUGAUAUCCACCACCUGCUCCCAUGCUUCAUGUGAUCCUGAUUGGGGUGGGGGGAGAGAGAGGGGAGGGGUGCUUAGCAGGUGCUACACCUUGCCAGGCUAGUGGAGGGAUGGAGCACCUUACACCUCCUUUGGUAGAUAUGUAUCUCCAUCCCACCAUCUAAUGUGAUUGGGAGGUCUGUUUAAUUGUGUAGUAUAUUGCUUUUUGCUGUAAGUAAAAAUAUCAAAACUGGUCUUACACUGGUCUGAUUUAUACCCAGCACUGAUCUCUAUUUCCAUUUUUCUCUGGUCACUGAAACAAAGGAUUGCUGGACUGGAAUCGGAUUUAUCAUCACUGUUCUAUAUAACGUUGGAGCUGUUUUGCGGCAGCGCAGAGACAAAAUUACUAUAAAUUAGUGGAAAAAACUGAAAUAACAAUAAAAAGAAAGCUAUUCCUGAAUCAUUGGAUAUGAGUCUUCAGGCUCCUGAACUUCCUCCCCAAUGGUAGUAAUGAGAAGAGGGCAUGUCCCAGAGGGUGAAGGUCCUUUCGA